AUGGCGCACACGUGUUUGUCGACAGCCAAGGCGGACAUGCAGAUGAAGAUUCUCCGCAGGAAAAUUCAGAAGAGAAAUGAUAAAAAUAAACCACGCAAAUUGCUCCGAGCUGAGAAGGAAGAAGAAAACGGCGGAGGUGAUUUUCCUAAGAAGCUGAUGGUGUUCUUCUCAUCUUGCAUGUCUGUGGAGUUCCACUAUGAGCUGCUCAAUUACAUCGAUCUGCCCGUCAUGGACAUUCACGGGAAGCAGAAACAGACGAAGAGAACUACAACGUUUUUCCAGUUCUGUAAUGCAGACUCUGGCAUUCUCCUCUGUACGGAUGUGGCUGCCAGAGGUCUCGAUAUCCCAGAGGUGGACUGGAUUGUUCAGUACGACCCACCCGAUGAUCCAAAGGAGUACAUCCAACGUGUGGGACGAACAGCUCAUGGUAUUAAUGGUCGAGGACAUGCCGUCCUGAUCCUAAGACCAGAGGAGCUCGGCUUUUUACGAUUCCUCAAACAGGCCAAAGUCCCUCUGAGUGAGUUUGAGUUCUCCUGGGCUAAAAUCUCUGAUAUUCAAUCUCAGUUGGAGAAGCUGAUAGAGAACAACUACUACCCUCACAAAUUGGCUCAGGAGGCCUACAAAUCCUACGUCAGAGCUUACAACUCUCAUUCCCUCAAACAAAUCUAUAAUGUAGAGACGCUCGACCUCCCGAAAGUGGCACUGUCCUUUGGGUUUAAAGUGCCGCCUUUUGUGGACCUCAACGUUCACAGCAGUAAAGGAGUGAAGAUGCAGAAGCGAGGUGGUGGCGGAGGCUUCGGCUACCAGAAAUCUAAGAAUGUCCACAAGGCCAAGAUCUUCAAACAUGUCAGCAAAAGGAAAGGAGAUGGCAGACAGUUCUCACGCUGAGAAUAAGAUGAAUCUUCCCUCUUUUGAUCUAUACUGAGUAACUGUCAGACUACACACCUGUCAAUUUGUUAACUUGGUCUCAGUCUUUUGAGAGGAUCUCUGAUCAGUCUGCAUUCCUUGCCUGUACAGAAUUCUGUUUUCAGAAGCCAUUAUAUAAUGCUUAAUUUCUAUUGUUACUGGCCCAACGUAAGAAGAAAAGAUUGAAUACGUUUUUUAUUCACCAGUAUAAAAAUAAACAAUGCUUACUUUCUUGCUUAAACAAUUAAAAACCUUUAAAAUGCUACACAAAUAUUUUUGUGAUGCAAAAGGAAUUGACAGACCAAUUGAUAACCAAUGAACUGAACAUGAAGUUGGUUCAUUUUAUAUUAAAUAUUUUGUUAAAUUUGUAAAUAUUAUAUAUUGUCCAGUCCUAGUAACCAUAGGCUGCCAUUUUUAAAAUGUGCAAAAUUGCACAUCUCAGUUGUAAUGUUAUUAUAUAUGAACUGAAGAUCCAGUAAGAUGCCAGGUUGUUUCUAUUAGUAUAUUAUAUGUGACGUUUUGCUAGUCGGAAACCACUAUAGUAAAUAAAUCUAUCAGAUCAGCUGGUAGUUAAUUUCUCCUUUAAUGUGCUUUGUUCUUACGGAAGAUUUUUAUCAUCAUGAUAUAAAAACAAAGGUGAUUAGUAAGGGAAUUUGUGUUAUAUACAUUAUGGGUUUAAAAAAAAGGCUGCAUCAAUGCACAAAACAUUUCUAGUUAAACACAGUGUCUGAACCCAAAACAAUCUAGGCUGACAUAAACAUACUGAAAGCAGAUGUGAUCUCAGAACGAGGCUGUAAUGCAAUAAAAUGCCAACAUCAGGGAAUGCGAGUGUGUUUUGAAGUGCUGCUUGGGAGUUGUGUAUUUAAGGGGUGUGUGUACAAAUCCAGCUGUUACGACGCUCCCUUUGCCCUCAGUUUAGAUAACAGCAUCUCAUUCUUGUGGCACUCCUGGAACGGACAAGACAUGCAUUUGUUUCAUCAAUCCAGAAUAUCAAUUCUUAAUUGAUUAAUGUCUAUACACCCUAUGUAAAGGAGGCGGAAAGGAAUUCAACUGAACUUGUGUGAGCAUUUACCUCUUUAAAGUCUUUGACAGUUUUAAAGUAGACCCUCUGUUUAUCCAGCAGCUCCAAGUACUCAUCAUUCAGCUGAUCUCUGCGCAUCUUAUUCUCCUGUCUUUUCUUUUCCAUCUUUAAAUGCACAAAUAGACUUGAG